CGAGCGCAAGCCGGGAGCUGGUGGCGAGGCGGCCAUUGUAUGAGGGAGGUGACGGGCUUUGGACGCCGCUUUUAACGGUGGAUGAAGAGACCAUCCGACACAAAGAUAACGGGUUUUAUUUCUCAAUUAAGAUACGUUGAAGUGAGAAUAGGCAGAUGUCAGAUUUUGACGAUUUUGAGAAACAGCUGUUGGAGAACCGGCAAGAACGCGAAAGGGAGCGUCACAAGAAGAAGAGUCGAAGCGUUUCCAGAAGUAGAAGUCGGGAUAAAAAACGGAGAAGUCGAAGCAGAGACAAACGCAGCCGUAGUCGAGACAAAAGAAGUAGAAGUCGAGGAGGGAGAAGUAGAAGCAAAGAUAAGCGAAGCACUUCCCGAGAACGAAAGCGACACAGUCGGUCUCCUCGUCGUUCUCGGAGAAAGAAGCCCUAUAGAUACUGGGAUGUUCCUCCGCCAGGUUUUGAGCACAUUACGCCAAUGCAGUACAAGGCAAUGCAAGCUGCAGGACAGAUCCCAGCCACAGCAUUGUUGGCAACCUCUACAGUAGGUGGUGUGACGAUCACACCCACGCAAGUUCCAAUCAUUGGCAGUCAGAUGACAAGGCAAGCUAGGCGACUCUAUGUUGGCAACAUCCCCUUUGGUGUCACGGAGGAAGCCAUGGCAGACUUCUUUAAUGCUCAGAUGCGCCUUGCUGGGUUGUCGCAGGCUCCGGGGAACCCUGUCUUGGCUGUGCAGAUCAACCAAGAUAAAAAUUUCGCUUUUCUUGAGUUCCGUUCGGUUGAUGAAACUACACAAGCCAUGGCAUUCGAUGGCAUCAUUUUCCAGGGUCAAUCUUUGAAGAUCCGACGUCCCCAUGAUUACCAACCUCUGCCAGGCAUGUCUGAGCAACCUUCUUUCCAUGUUCCAGGUCCGUCAAAAAAUGCAACAUCUGUGUGCUGGACUUCCUUUGCAGGUGUUGUCUCCACGGUGGUUCCAGAUUCUCCGCACAAGCUAUUCAUUGGCGGUUUGCCCAAUUACCUCAAUGAUGAUCAGGUUAAAGAACUUCUGACUUCAUUUGGCCCACUGAAAGCUUUUAACCUAGUGAAGGACAGUGCAACAUCUCUGUCCAAGGGCUAUGCCUUCUGUGAAUAUGUGGAUGUCAAUGUUACUGAUCAGGCUAUUGCAGGAUUGAAUGGAAUGCAGCUUGGGGAUAAGAAGCUUAUCGUACAGAGGGCCAGUGUUGGUGCAAAGAAUGCUAACCCGAAUGCCAUUAUUCAAACUCCAGUGACAGUGCAGGUACCAGGCCUCCCGACAAUGCAAGUUCAGAACACAGGGCUGCCCACCGAUGUGCUCUGCCUGCUAAACAUGGUGUCACCAGAUGAACUUAUCGAUGAUGAAGAGUAUGAGGAAAUCUUGGAAGACAUCAGAGAAGAGUGCAGCAAAUAUGGAACUGUGAAAUCAAUUGAAAUCCCUCGACCUUUGGAUGGACUAGAAGUGCCUGGCUGUGGCAAGAUAUUUGUAGAAUUUAUCUCACCUCUGGACUGCCAAAAAGCAAUGCAAGCACUAACGGGGCGAAAGUUUGCCAACAGAGUUGUUGUAACUAAGUAUUAUGACCCAGAGCUGUACCACAGACGUGACUUCUAACAACAUGCAGCCACCUUGCUGUCUACAUUUCUGACUAAAGCUUUGUUUAUAGUUACAACUAGGAUUUGUAUAAAAUGGCAGAGGUUUGAGUAGUUUGUAGUAGUCAAAUUCCGUUUAUUUUUAGCACGAAUGUCUUGAUGUCGUUAGUGUUCUGGGUGAAGAUCCAUGUUGCAGGAACUGUAAUAGCAAAACAACUUGUAAAUGGAAUUGUAUCUUUUUUAUAGUGUUGGGCCUUUUGGCUUUUGUGGGGUGGGGGGGGGGGGGAGAACAGCAAAUUCUGUAAUAGCUGAUUCAGUCAGCCUGGUGAAACCAGUAUUUGAACACUGUAGCUGGUUUCAACUAAUAAACUUUUGGAAUGGAAAAUGCGUUGUGCUGGUUAUGCAUCAAAGCUUGUUAAGGUAGUCUGGACCAGUAACAACUUUUCUCCUAUCUUUGUUUUGACUCUUAUUCUUCUGGACACAAACCCUUCCAGCGAUCGUGUUAUUUCUUCCCAAAGUGUUGGGCAGCAUACGAUCUGGCGUCUUCAAUUCUGGAGCGACUGCAAACAAACAUGUAUUAUUACUGGAAUAGGACAGAAAUAAUGCUUAUCAAAUUGUUCUGUACUACCAAGACUAUCGAGCAGUGGGAACACUACAACGGAUAAUUCAUAGAAACAUAGAGAAUAGGUGCAGGAGUAGGCCAAUCGACCCUUCAAGCCAGCACCGCCAUUCAAUAUGAUCAUGGCUGAUCAUCCAAAAUCAGACCCCGUUCCUCCUUUCUCCCCAUAUCCCUUGAUUCUCUUAGCUCUAAGAGCUAUAUCUAAUUCUCUCUUAAACAGGACAAACUAACAAGUUACACCUUGCAGAUUUAAAAUUAGUCCAAUUGUAUUCCUCCUCCAAACGAGGAAUAGUCCCACAUUUGUCAUUGUGUCUGACAACCGUGGAAUAAACAAUUUUUUCAAACUUG